CCGUUACGGAAUAAAGUGUGUUAAAUUAUUUAAAAAAAAUUAAGUUUAACGCGCGUUCCGUAAUUCCACUCACUCACACAUACCAGCAGCACCAGAAGCAGCAGCAGCAGCAGUAGCAGCAGCGGAUUAAACUUCGUCACCUACCAAAAAAAACACAAAAAAAAACCUACAAAAAUGGCCGAUCAGCUGACAGAGGAACAGAUCGCCGAGUUCAAAGAGGCAUUCUCGCUAUUCGACAAAGACGGCGAUGGCACCAUCACAACAAAGGAGUUGGGAACAGUUAUGCGCUCCCUGGGCCAGAAUCCCACAGAGGCCGAGCUCCAGGACAUGAUAAACGAGGUCGAUGCCGACGGCAAUGGUACAAUUGACUUCCCAGAAUUCCUUACAAUGAUGGCACGCAAAAUGAAGGACACCGAUAGUGAAGAGGAGAUCCGAGAAGCCUUCAGAGUGUUCGAUAAGGACGGUAAUGGCUUCAUCUCAGCGGCCGAGUUGCGUCACGUGAUGACAAAUCUGGGCGAGAAACUCACAGACGAGGAGGUCGACGAGAUGAUCCGUGAGGCUGAUAUCGAUGGUGAUGGUCAGGUCAAUUACGAAGAAUUCGUGACUAUGAUGACAUCGAAGUGAAGCGUUAAAUUAUUUCUUUUUAAGCCUUUCUAUUUUUUUAAGAUGUUGACGAAGACUGUAGCUGUGCGCAAUAACAUCGCGCCACGCUGUUGCUAUGGACCCCAGUAAAAGAUCUUAAAAAAAAAAACAACAAAAAAACAACAACAAAGAGUUAAGCAAAAAACAACCAACAUAAAAGAAGAAUUAAGAUGAAAAAAGAAAAAAAAAAACAACAUUUAAGAAACUUAAAAACAAAUGAAACUUACACUUAAAAGAACGCAAAAGCAAGAAAAUUUAAACAAGCAAAAAAUGAAAAAAGAAACCGAAUUCAGAGAGAAAAGAAAUUAAUUACAUUAUAAACUGAAACAAAAAAAAAAAGGUUAAACAAACGAAACAACAUAAUUUUAAUGCAACAACAACAAACAGCAUACUUAAUGAAGUCACCGUUUAAAAACUACAACAACAACAACCAGCAGCCAUUAACAACAAAAAAUCGCAUGUUGAAACAAGUUUACUACCACUUCUACACUGAAACAUAAAACCCAAUGGAGAACAAGAUGGCGAGCAGAGAAGCAGACGGUGAAGCAAGCAGCAGCAAAACAAAAAAAAAUGGCGGCUCCAGCAGCAUCCUGAUCCAGAUCAGAACCAGCGGCCAAUAGAGGGCGCUUCCGAUUUGGGGGGGUCGCUUCCGACCGCCUUGCGAUGGCGGUGCGAUGGCGGCGCUGCAUUUUGUUUUUCACGCGAUUUUCAACACUUAAGAUGAAAAUUUGCAAGAAAAGUCGAAUCUGUAAGCUAGAAAAUUGUGUUUAAAGUAUAAACAAAAACAAAUUUGUCGAUUUCGUUGCGAGAAUGAAUAAAAAUAAAAGCUAAAAGAAAACAACAACAAAUAAAAAUACAAAUAAAAACAAAAACUGUUAAUGAAAAAUAUUUGAAAUUUUUGCAAAACUGGCAAAGUUUAUAUAGACACUCUCCUCAAAAAAAAAUACACUCUCAUACACACCUCUCCAAAAAACACACACCUACUCCACUUACACACACAUACACAAACACACACACACACAGACAUGUCAGAACAAGAAGUAAAAUAUAUUAUAAAUACAACAUAUAUAUAUUAUAAAUAAUGUAAAAUCAAACAACAACAAAUUCUUCUUAUUAAAUUAUAUUUAAAUUUAAAAUUAAUAAAUAUAAAGAAAAAAAAAUAAAACAAAUAAAAAUUACAAAAAAACAAAAAACAAGAAACCAACUACGAAUACAUUUUCGAUAUAAAAUUAAAUUAAAAACCAAAAAUGUGGCGCGCAGCAAAGUCGAAGAUGAUAUAUAAGAUGAGGAGGCAUAUUUUUGGGGGCUGUACGAGGACCAGCAGGACCGCAGUCCAAAAGGUCCUUGAUAGGCAGCUGAUGUUUGUCGGCACGGCAUAUUUGUAGCAAACUUAAGUAAAAAAUUAAAAAAAAUAAUAAUAAAUUACCUACAAUGCGAUAUUACAUAUUUAUGAGCAAAUUUAACGUUUAACAAUGCAACAAAAAAAAACGCCACAAAAAAAACCAAAACAGCAACUCACAUUUCUCUAGUUCUUAAGCGGCAGCAAAACAAGUAACCCGAAUAUAUUACUAUUACAAAUAUAAAUAUGAAAAGGAACUCUAUAUAUACAUAUAUAUAUAUAUAUAUAAAUAUAUACCUAAUGUACUUAAAAGAAAAACAAAUCUAAAGUAACAUAAUUUUAUUAUAAAGAGAUAUGAAAUUAAAUAUUUAUAUGCGAGACGAAGCGGAGGAAGAGCUGGACGAAGAAGAAGGAAGAAGACGAUUUCAUCAAACACACACAUAUAUAAGGAAAGGAAGAAGAAGGACGAAGUAUGGAAGUAUGGCGGGGAGCUGCAACACCAUAACGGAUGUGGCUCCAGCGAAGGAAGAAUAGAAGAAGAAGAACAACAACAAUAACAACAGAAGCAGCAGAAGAAGACGAUGUGAAAGAAGCAACAGCAUCGGAACAGUUAUAUAUAUUGAUUAAAAAAUAUAUAUAUAUAUUUAUAAAUAAAUUAUACAUAUGAAUUAAAAAACUAGCAAAAUGCAAAGACAAUUGUCUUAAAUUUAAGCAGAAGAAUCAGAGAGAAGAAAAGCAAAUUUUAGAAGAAGGCGAAAGGCGAGAGAGUUCUAACUAAGCGUAACAUAAAGUAAUAUACGAACAUAACGGUAUAAGUUGAGGUUAGAGCAGCCCCAAAAGCAAAAACAAGAAAAACCAGAACAACUGCAAUUCCUUGGCACCACAGCAACCGCAAAGCUUUAACCUUUAACCCCGCUCUCUCUCUCUGUCUCCAUUACCCAACAAUCUAUUCUAUCUGUCUUUAACUAUCUUUUCCAUCAAUAUCCAAUUGCUGCCUAGUUAACAAAAAAUACCAAAAGAAAUAUUAAAUUUUUGAAAAACAGAAAGUCUGCGCGACCAAAAGCUAACUGAACUGUACUUGGUUUUAAUUUAAUUUCAUAUCGAAAACCUUUGUUUUCUUUUCAACUGUUUCAACUGUAACGAACGCGUCGUUGAUGUCUUCUAAACUGAUAUCUAUCCAUGCCUCACUAUCCACCUUUUAUCACCCUUUUUCCACCAUCCACCCUUAUAUCCUUAUAGAUCACCUUUACAUCCAUCUUUUUCCUAAUGCUAACUCUAACUCUUCUCCACUGCAUAAAUCAACUGUGAGUAUAACUUAACUACAGACAUUAUUUAGAAAAUGUAUGCAAAUUACUUUUGUGUCUUUUUCUACGUUUAUAAUAUUUAAGUCGAGUUUUUUAUAAUUACUUUUGUGUUUUGCUUGACUUUGGACAGAACGCUCUGAAGGGCAACGACAAAAUUUGAACAAACAAAAAACACCAUUUUGCGCUAAUGAUAAAAAACGAAAAACAAAUAUUAAUGAAAACAAAACACUUUUCUAUAACUUUUUUUAACAAACAAACAAAAAAAAUAAUAUAAAAUAAAUGAUACAUUUUGUAGCGAAAAUUUGUGCAAUGUUUUAAUGAAAUGAAAUCUUUAAAAUGCAAAAUAACUCCAAAAAAUUGCCGGCAAAUUUAACACUGACGAAUUUUUCAAUAACUAUAAAUAAAACAAAAAACUAAAAUUUAUAAAAAUCUAAAGAAAGAAAUGUAAACUUUAGUGGGUUACUUUUUGAGAGGCGACAACCCUGGCCGCCGACCUCGAAAGUAUGCUCGAAAAAAACAAAAACUUCUCCCGUUUCUCGAGAGUGUCCCAAUGGAGUGCAUUUCCAAUUCAAAUUUUGUGUGCCGAAGUGCGUCACUUGUGACAUUGGAGGCUGGAUUCUCUGUGCUUCUCGAUUUUCAAAUCAAAACUUGCAUAAAUAUUUAUUUCUCUUCGUUUGCAUAGCAAAAGGCAGUCAAAGAAAUGGAUCAUGAAGAAAAAACGAAAAAAAAUCUUGUUAAAUUAUGCUUAGUGUUUAGCAAGUUACAAUAUAUCGAAAGGCAAACAAACCAAAAACACUCUCGCGCCUAUAUCUAUAUAUGCAAAAAAAUAUAUAAUUAAUGCUAUAUAUAUAUAUAUAUAUAUAAAUAUAAUUACGAAUAUUGUAAAAAUUGCAACAAAAGCUAUAAUCAUCAAAAAGCGAUACAAGAACAAAAAAAAACAAAUUUCUUUGCAAAAAAAAAAAAAAAAAUACACAAACAUUUUAAAAACCUCGAAACAAAACAAACCAAAAUUGUCGUUUUAUUUUUUCUAAAUUCUAUGGAUUGGCUAAAAGACAAGUAUAUUUCACAGACACAUCACUUCCAUCUUUUCCAGUCAUCAUCCCAAUUGGCUCCCAUCCCAUACCCCCUGGGAUUUGCUCUGUUUUGCGAUAAAAGAUUGCUGAGCUCCAAAGUCAAGUUGAUUACAUUUUUAAAUCUAAUCGUCUAUGCUCCUCCUCCAAAAUAAAAAAAAAAUUAAGCUUAAACUUAAAUGCGGAUUGUUAAGGAGAUCCCGUGGCCAGGGAGACUAGGGAACUAUCGCUGGAACUGGAAACUCCCGAAACCGAUAAGCCCCAUUUUAAUCCGAUAAGAAUUUAACGAGUUAUACAUUAAAUGUAUGCACUAGAAACCACCUAUUAUGAGAUUUCAACCGUAUUUGAAGAAAGCCUAAAAUAUAUAUACAUAAAUACAUCAGUGUAUCGAAUAUGCGAGUUAUUCUUGAUGUCCAAUAUACCAUAACCGUGUGUACCUACUAUAAGUCAGGCAAGUAGAAGGCCCGUUCCUGCACUAAAAUCUCCUCCAAUCGGAAUGCACUGAGUGUCUACGAGAGUAACCGAGUUCUAAUUAAAUAAAAAUACAUUAAGAAUAAUGUCUUCAUUUGAUUGUUUUUGAAACUAUUGGUGUUAGGCUUUCAAUUAGGCUUUAAAUAGCAAAAAUAAUGUAGGCCUUUACAAUAUACUCCAUAAAAUAUUACACCUAGUAAAUAAAACAAUGUAUAAAGUUAAUUAUAACUAAGAGUGGAGAUGUUUUUUUAAUUAUUUUAAUUUAGAAUACAUUGUUUUACCAACAAAUUAGUUGUAUAUAAUUUUGAAAUAUAUGAUUAUAGAUUAUUCAGCCGCCCAAAAAUGUAUGCUAACAUUUAGUUCGUGGAUGUAUUCCAAUUUAACACUUUUGUACACCACAGCCCCAUUUAACCCGUUUUUUGCCAACACUUUUGUUGUGGAAAAUG